CGCGCCCCGUGCUAUUGCUCUGCUGCUCGUUGGCUGUAGCGUCUCGCGAGGUUUGGCUGCAGCGUCUCGCGAGGUUUGGCUGCUGUUGUGUGCUGGGCUGUAGUCGCGGGGAGAGGGAAACGCUGUCCAUAGUGGAUAUUGCGUGUGAGGGAGCUUCUGGAUGAUGCGAUUGGGAGCGCGAUUGAUUCCUCGUUUGAUCCUACGGAUUACUGGAAAGGGAGCUUAGAUGUUGCUUUGUGUUGUUGUAGUGUUGUUAUAGAUAGAUUUAGGUACAAGAAUGAGAGAGAGCACUGUGGAAGGGUAGCUUUUACAUGCCAUUGGGAGCUCGACUGGUUGUUUGAGACUAGUAUGGAUAUCAAAGGGGAUACCUUGAGCACCGGCUACUGCUGGCCCGACCCUGGGGUACUCCACUAGCACCGACAUAUCUUUUAGGGGUUAUAUGUGUCGUCUCUGUUACCCUUGUCCUUGAGCAUGCUCUUAUUUUUUUGUCUUGCGUACGCCACUGCUUUUAGGCACAAUACAUGAAAUCGGAUGCUUUUUGUUGUUGCACUAUUGUAUGUUACCUUUUUCUUUUGUCUGUUAAUACAGAUAGCGUAAUAGAUAAAUCAGCACUGAGCAGCUGACCUCGUGUGUUCUGAUUUCCAUCUUGGGUGAAACAAUGGCUUCCGAAUUAAUUAAGGAUAGAUUGUCCGUUACUACUUUCCUUGCCAUAUGUGUUCAUACUCGUGCGUUAUUGAUACUUCCCAACUUCAUUUUCUUGGAUUUGUUUUUGUUCGAUUGGUUUUGUUCCUCCUUCAUUAAUUAUGUUCCAUGUACCGUUGAAUUAAAAAAUCCAGGAUGCCGUUUUGCUGACUGAAAGUACUAUAUAUGGAUUCACGAUGACCCAGUAAUAAAGAGGACAAUCAUUUGACAAGCAGCUGUCCGAAGAGGGUUUGGGAGUUCUUACUUAGUAGAAAAUUGCUCAUGCUAGUCGAUAAAGGGAAGACAGAGAUCCUGCUUGCUUCACUGAAGUGAAGACAUGCCCAAAACAACUCCUGUUAAAGCAAGCAAGAACAUUGAAUUGCAGAAACAAUCUGCACCCAACUUAACCAUAACAAAUGGGAACAAUAGUACGAAGGAAGUGAUCAAGGUAGAGUAUCCUAUCAAUGAUGUGAAAUGCAUUAGCACUUGGGUCUGCAAAAAUUUGGCCUGUAAAGCUGUUAUACCAUCAGAAGAUUCCUUCUGCAAGAGGUGCUCAUGUUUUAUUUGCCACAAGUUUGAUGACAAUAAGGAUCCUAGUCUAUGGUUGGUUUGUGCAUCUGAAAAUGAUGGCAGAAAUUGUUGUGGAUCUUCUUGCCAUAUUGAGUGUGUUCUCCAACACAAGAGGGUAGGAUGCUUUGAUCUAGAGCAAAUUAUACAUCUAGAUGGGAGUUAUUCUUGUGCUGCAUGUGGAAAGGUUUCUGGAAUACUAGGCAGUUAUUGGAAAAGGCAAUUAGUAAUCGGAAAAGAUGCUCGCCGAGUAGAUAUUCUUUGCCACCGCAUUUAUUUGAGCUAUAGGCUACUGGAGGGAACUAGCCGUUUUAAAGAAUUGCAUGAAAUUAUCAAAGAUGCAAAAGCAAAAUUGGAAAGUGAGGUUGGCCCACUUGAUGGAAUGUCAGCAAAGAUGGCACAUGGUAUCGUAAGCAGGUCGUCUGCUGGUAUUGCUGUGCAGAAACUAUGCUCUAUAGCAAUUCAAAGAGCUGACGAGUGGUUGAGUUCUCCCGACCUGCAUCUUCAAGAUUCAUUACCUGCUGCCUGUAGAUUUAGAUUUGUAGACAUAACAUCUUCUUCGAUUGUUGUCAUUUUAAAAGAAACCUCGUCAUCUGACACUAUUAAAGGUUAUAAGCUAUGGUACUGGAAGAGCAUAGAGCAGCCAAGCGUGGAAGAUCCUGUAGUUCUGCCCAAAGAUGAAAGAAAAAUACUAGUUUUUAACCUUUCCCCAUGCACAGAAUAUUCUUUCAGAGUUAUAUCAUUCACAAAUGCUGGGAUCCUUGGCCAUUCUGAAUCUAGAUGUCGUACUGGGACCAAGGAGGUAUUUGUCAAGCGGGCCACACAGAAUGCAGUGGGAGGAGGUGUACAGACACAAAGAAGAGACAGGAGCCAGUCGUUUAAGUCAACUGGAUUCAAUAUCCGAAACAUUUGGAAGACCUUUCAGGAAGCUUGGGAUGAAGAAGGCUGUUUUGAAGGGUUUUGUGAAGAUUUACAUGAAGGUUCAUGUAGCAGAAGUACCACAGACGCAGAGCAGCUAGAGAACAGUGAACAAGACCAGUUAUCAGGUGCCUGUCGCAAACUUCGUUUCAACACAUCUUCUGUUCCGGACCUAAACAUUGAGGUACCCAUGCCCAUGGACUACACCACGGAGAAGGAUUAUGAUUCAAAGAUGGGACUUGUAAGAUCAAAUUACAGUGGUGGCUCUGAAACCUGCGCAGGUUGCCAGAGUGCAGAACCGCCUGCUGUUGAAUCUUGGCCAGUAGGCAAGAUAAAGAGCACUCACGUUGAUAGAUGUGAGCAGAAUGGUGCUUCUGCUAUUUGCUGUGAAAAACAGCUUUCCGGAACAACGAGGCAGUUGGAUGAGGAUUAUGAGCAUUGUGUAAAGGUAAUAAGGCAGUUGGAGUGCAAUGGGCACAUUGAGAAUGAUUUCAGGAAGAAGUUCUUGACUUGGUAUAGUCUAAGGUCAGCAGGCCAGGAGCGUAGGGCUGUGUCCACAUUCGUCAAAACACUAUUCGAAGAGCCAAGCAGCCUUGCUGAGCAACUUGUUGAUUCGUUCGGGGAAAUCGUUAACUGCAAGAAGCCAAGAAUUGGAUUCUGCAACAAGCUAUGGCAUUAGGACGAAGGAUGAGAGUUCAACAUAUCGCUAACUCGCUGAUUAUCCGUAUUUUUUUCAUAUCAGUGCACUAAAAUCUAAUUUAUUCGUCCAAUUUGAUAGUAACGGAAAGGGGCAUCAGUGAAAAUGGAAAAUUAUUUUAGGCAGCAAAUAGGUUGCACUGAAAUAAUUCUUUUUCCACCAGGAAGAGUUGAAAGUUAUUUUUCUUACUGGAUUUCUAACUGUUGAGUCCUGGAAUGAUCGUAGAAUGUUAGCUUCUGCUUCUGUUGUGGUUCCAUGGAUAAUUUUUUUUGGCAAUAGAUCAUUGGCCAGUCUGGCAUAUAUUCUUGUA